CUUCUCUCUUGCAUCCUUUUGCUUCACUCUCUUCAGAUCUCAGCUUUCUCCCUCUCCCUUAACUCUUACUCCUUCUCUUUAAUCUCAAAAAUCCCUUUCUUUGAAGUCUCAAUCUCUCUCUCUCUCUCUCUCUUCAUCAGCUUUCUUUCAAUGUAUGCAGAAUCCCAUCUUUUUGUUUCACUCCAUAGGACAAUUUCAUUUACUCAAAGAUCCCAUUUUUCUUCUUUGUUUCAGGCUCUGAAAUCCAGUUUGCUCUUUAGAGAUUCCCACAUUUUCUGUCAUUGAACUCCAAAAUCCUUCUCCUUCAUCAACUUUCCUUUCAAUGUAUAAAGAACUUAUCUUUUUUUCGCUUGAUAGAAAACUUUCCUAUUUCCUCAAAAUCCCAUCUUUUUUCCUUCUUUGCUCCAAUCUCUACAACCCCAUUUCCUCAAAAUCCCAUCUUUUUCUCCUUGUUUAAAUCUAUAGAAUCCAAUUUCCUCAAAAUCUCAUCUUUUUUUUUUGUUUCCCUUUGUUGCAAUCUGUAAACCAUUUUUUUUUCUACUCAUUCUUUUGACAAUGAGUAAUUCUCAAGCACCCAAAUCUGCAAAGCCUUCAAAGGCUUCAACUUUACCUCCUUCUUCAAACCCUCCAAAACCCUCUUCACUUUCUUCUCACCUUGCAAUGGUGGAGCUAAAACAAAGGAUUUUAACCUCACUUUCCAAGCUUUCUGACCGUGACACUUACCAAAUUGCCGUUGAGGAUCUUGAGAAAAUCAUCCAAUCUCUUUCCCCUGACUCCCUUCCCAUGUUACUCAAUUGCCUUUUUGAUUCUUCCAAUGAUCCAAAACCGGCUGUAAAGAAAGAAUCUUUAAGGUUACUUUCAAUGCUAUGUAACUGCCAUGGUGAAUUGGCGGCUUCCCAUUUGACUAAGAUCAUUGCCCACAUUGUUAAAAGGCUGAAAGAUGCAGAUUCUGGGGUGAAAGAUGCUUGUCGCGAUUCAAUUGGGGCGCUUUCAGGGCAGUAUUUGAAAGGGGAGAGUGGAGGGACUCUGGUGGGAUUGUUUGUAAAGCCAUUGUUUGAAGCAAUGGGGGAACAGAACAAAGGAGUGCAAUCUGGUGCUGCAUUGUGUAUGGCUAAGAUGGUCGAAUGUGCAGCUGAUCCUCCUUUGGCUGCUUUUCAGAAGCUGUGUCCCAGGAUCUGCAAGCUGUUGAAUAAUCAGAAUUUUAUGGCUAAGGCUUCCCUUUUGCCAUUAGUGGCGAGUUUGUCACAGGUGGGAGCAAUUGCACCACCGAGCUUGGAAGCUUUGCUGCAGAGCAUCCAUGAAUGCCUUGGGAGCACAGAUUGGGCGACGCGUAAGGCAGCUGCUGAUGCUUUAACUGCCUUGGCACUGCAUUCGAACAACUUGAUUGCAGAUAGAGCAGCUUCAACAAUAACGGCACUGGAGGGUUGCCGCUUUGACAGGAUGAAACCAGUGAGAGAUAGCAUGACCGAAGCAUUGCAAUUAUGGAAGCAGAUUGCAGGAAAGGGUGAAGAUGGAAUUGCAGAUAACCAGAAGGCCUUGUCUCAUGAUGGUGAAAAUCCUCAACCAGCUGAAUUGUUAGAAAAGAAUGGCUUGAACAUUCCAAAUGCUGGUGAUAAAAAAACAGAUCCAUCAGCAAAGGAUUCAUCUAAUAAUCUGCCCCCAACUUCAGAUUCUGUUUCCAAAGGCAAAGGUGGAAGCAUUCCUGACAAAGCAGUUGUAAUUUUAAAGAAGAAAGCACCCGCAUUAACGGACAAGGAGUUGAAUCCUGAAUUCUUCCAGAAACUUGAAACAAGGGGUUCUGGUGAUUUGCCAGUUGAAGUAGUUGUUUCUCGCAGAUAUCUUAAUUCUUCAAACUUGAAGAAUGAGGAGGAAUCAGAAACAAAUGAUCCAGACGCAAGAAGAAGGUCGAAUUAUCUGGGAAACAGCCAGGCAGAUGAUUUUAAUGCAUCUUCCAGUAUCAGAAACCGUAACAUAGAGAGAGGAGCUGCUGGUGUGCGGGACAAAUGGCCUGAAGAGAAGAUAAAUGGAAAAGACCUAAGAACAAGGGCAUUUGAUGCUGAUGACAGGAUAGAUAUAAAUCAAAGGGAGCCAUCUGGAAAUCGUUUGGGUUUCUCAAAGGUGGAUGGACAGUCUGAAGGGUCCUUCAUCAGCAACAAAGGAAAUUGGUUGGCUAUACAGAGGCAGUUAUUGCAGCUGGAGAGACAACAAGCGCAUCUCAUGAAUAUGUUGCAGGAUUUUAUGGGUGGUUCUCACGAUAGCAUGAUAACUUUGGAGAACAGAGUUAGGGGUCUUGAGCGAAUUGUUGAAGACAUGGCUAGGGAUUUAUCAAUAUCAUCUGGCAGGAGAGGUGCUAAUUUUACGGUGGGGUUUGAAGGAGCUUCUAAUAGACCUUUAGGGAAGUAUAAUGGGUUUUCUGACUAUAGUUCCAAGUUCAGUGGGCGAAUUCCAUUUGGAGAAAGAUUUGCCCAAUCUGAUGGAAUUGGCCCAGGCGUGAGGGGAAGGGGACCUUCUUGGAGAUCUGAAAUGGCCGAUGAUUGGGAUUUCCCUGCAUUUGGUGCUUCCAGAAAUGGGCAAGUUGGGUCAAGAAGAGCUCCAGCUAGUGGCAGCCUGGAUGGUAGAUCACCCAAAUCAGAACAUGAGAGUGAACAGGUUGGUGGGAGGAGAGCUUGGGAAAAGGGUCCCGGGCCUGUGAGGCUUGGUGAAGGGCCUUCUGCUAGAAGUGUCUGGCAAGCAUCAAAAGAUGAAGCUACCUUGGAAGCAAUCCGUGUAGCUGGGGAGGACGGUGGAGCAUCUCGAACAGGACGUGUUCCUGAAUUGACUGCUGAAGCUGUUGGAGAUGAUAAUGUUGGACCAGAGCGAGAUCCGGUCUGGACUUCUUGGAGCAACGCAAUGCAUGCCCUUCAGGUAGGUGAUAUGGAUUCUGCUUAUGCAGAAGUUCUGUCUACAGGGGAUGAUCUCUUGCUUAUAAAGCUAAUGGAUAGAUCAGGCCCUAUGGUUGACCAACUAUCAAAUGAGAUAGCGAAUGAGGCCUUGCAUGCUAUUGUGCAAUUUCUUCUGGAGCAGGAUUUGUUUGAUAUCUGUCUAUCCUGGAUUCAACAGCUGGUCGAAGUGGUGUUAGAAAGUGGACCCGAUGCAUUGGGUAUUCCCAUGGAGUUGAAGAAAGAGCUUUUGUUGAAUUUGCAUGAGGCAGCUUCCACAAUGGAUCCACCAGAGGAUUGGGAAGGUGUGGCACCUGACCAACUUCUAUUGCAGUUGGCAUCAGCUUGGGGAAUUGAGCUGCAACAGUUUGAUAAGUAAUCUGCUGGUUUUGGAAUCUUGUGUUGUGCUUGCAAACUUCUUGAUAGGUUACUGGUUCAAUACAUUUAUUUUACAUUAAGUAAAUGGUAAAGGAAAAGUUUUCAAACAGCUAUGAUGGCGUGUGCUUGAAAAAAAAAUUGAUUCAAAGCUGGCAUAGGCUACUUAAUACAUUUUUGUAUGUAAUGUAAGAUAAUGGCCUUUGAUGUAAAUGUAUACUAAGAGUGAUAUACCUUUUAGCCAAGAGAUUUGCAUGAAGAGAUUAUUUGUAAAGAGCACUAUUACAUUCAUUUACUCAAAAACUUGCCAAAGCACUUGGAUUC